AUGACAAUUAUAGGAAGUAGAAGAGCCUGUCUGGUGAAUAAAAGAUCACGGAAACAAACGAGACAGAGAAGAAAUGGCCAAGAUAAUGACGGCAGUAGUCAGCCCAAAGUCCGCAAAUCUACCCUACUGGAAAAGCUACUGGCACCAGACAUAAGAAGGGAGAGGAAUCUGAUUCUGCAGUGUGUGUAUCAUAUAGUAAAAGAAAACUUCUUUGGAAUCAGGAGUCAAAAAGAGGGAAAUUCUCAAAAGUCAAAAACCACAUCUAAUGACAAAACUGAUAAUCUCUCAAUUGAAAACUGUGGAACUGACAGUGAUAAUAAUAUGGUGAAAGAUUGUAAAACAGAAUCGUUCACUGAAAUUCCUGCAGAAAGAACUGAUGAGCAACUAAAUUUUACCAGAAAUCAAGACAAUGAGUGCAUUAUUGAUUAUGUCUGGGAAUAA